CCAAGCUGUAACUGUAACCAAGCGUUCAGGGUUUAGCUACUUUUAAUUUUUCUGAUUUAGUAGGACCAACAUGGCUGGGCUUAGGUCAUCAGCACUGCUAACAGUACUCAUACUCACUUUUAGAAGCUUUGAAGGGGUGACCCAGCCUGGAUCCUGUAGGCUUGUGUGUGACCCUUUCCAAGGCCAGAGUAGCACACACGAGCUGGGAGCAAAUGGCCUGGUCAUUCCCCUCUCUUCUUCUGGAGGGGGUCCUAUGGGUCCUGCAGGGCCACCAGGAAAAGCAGGACCUCCUGGACCACCUGGACCUCAAGGGCAGGGAUAUCUUGCAAAGGGACCAGUGGCCUUUUACGCAGCACUGAAGGAAGACUUCGGAAAAGAAGACAUUCUGAAGUUCAGAACAGUGAUGACAAAUUUGGGUGACCGCUAUGACUCCUCAACUGGAACUUUCACAUGCAAGUUAGCUGGCGUGUACCACUUCAGUUACCACAUAGUGAAGAAUGGACUUAGCGUCAGGGCUGACUUGGUGCUCAACGACCACAAGAUUGUGGCGAGUGCUGUGGCAGUAGACGCACUUCACACCGACACGGCCAGCAACAGUGCAGUGUUGCAAUUGAGAGAUGGUGAUCGGGUGUAUGUGCGCCUGAACAAGAGUGACAGCACAUUUAAGGAUACACAGAACCUCUUCAGCACCUUUUCUGGCCACUUGCUGUACGAGCUUUGAGACAUGCUGUUACAGUUUUCCAGCUUACUGGCUUGCUUGCUGAAACUGAAGUGCAUUCCAUGCCUCUAACCAGUUAUCUCUGCCUUUGUACUAGAAAGCAUUGUAUUCAUCCCAGUUUUUUCAUUGAAAUAAAGGAAAGCUUUGUUA